CUCUCUCUCUCUCUCUCUCUCUAAUUUACAGCUAACCUAAUUUAAACUUCAAACAACGAACAACAAUAAAACCAUUGAAGUCUUCCCACAUCACGACUCUCUCUCUCUCAGCCACAUAUGUAUUCCCCCCUGUACUCGCGAAGUAUUUUCGUGCAUAAUUUUUUCAAUUUGUAGCCGAUAGAUGAUCAUAAAAAUUAGUCGAGAUAUACGGAAAUUGAUUCGAGUAACGAGACACCAACAAAUACUUACCCAUGCUAAUUGUAAUACAAACAAACAACACACGCAUCUCUCUUCAAUCCUUUUUAAACCCCCCCUCUCCCCCUCAUCUCCUUAACAUAACACACUCAAACUCAAUAAAAAAUAACACAAACCCCUCUCUCUCUCUCCUCCCCCUUCUCUCUCUAGCUAGCACCCAUGGUGAUGGGUGCUCCCUGCCGCUUCCCGCCUAUCUCAAAAUGUAGCACCGACGGGAGAUCAAACCAAACCGUCGCGGCCGACCUAGACGGCACCCUCCUCGUAUCGAGAAGCGCUUUCCCUUACUUCAUGCUCAUCGCUCUCGAAGCCGGUAGCCUGCUACGGGCACUCGUCCUCUUACUAUCGGUCCCCUUCGUCUACUUCACCUACCUGUUCGUAUCCGAAUCCGUCGCGAUCCAAACGUUCGUCUUCAUAUCCUUCGCGGGGCUGAAAAUCCGCGACAUCGAGCUCGUCUCGAGGUCGGUCCUGCCCAAGUUUUACUCCGAGGACGUGCACCCGCGGACGUGGAAGGUGUUCAAUUCCUUCGGGAAGCGGUACGUCGUCACGGCGAACCCGAGGAUCAUGGUGGAGCACUUUUGCAAGAACUUUUUGGGGGCUGACAAGGUGAUCGGGACGGAAUUGGAGGUGUCGAAAUCCGGGAGGGCGACCGGGUUUGCUAGGAAACCGGGUGUUCUGGUCGGAGAACACAAGAGGGCGGCAGUAGAGAGAGAAUUCCGCGGAGAGUUUCCCGAUUUGGGCUUGGGGGACAGAGAGACUGACCAUGAUUUCAUGUCCGUUUGCAAGGAAGGAUACAUGGUGCCAAGAACAAAAUGUGAGCCCCUACCAACAAACAAGCUUCUAAGCCCAGUCAUAUUUCACGAGGGCCGUUUGGUCCAAAGGCCUACCCCUCUAAUUGCCCUCUUAUCAUUUCUAUGGAUGCCCAUAGGCAUAAUCCUCUCAAUCCUAAGGGUAUAUCUCAACAUACCCUUUCCCCAAAAAAUAGUUUGGUACAACUACAAGAUACUAGGGAUCAAACUCAUUGUUAAGGGCACCCCUCCCCCUCCCCCCAAGGAAGGCCAUAGUGGUGUCCUCUUUGUUUGCAACCACCGGACCGUGCUGGAUCCGGUGGUUACCGCCGUUGCCCUAGGGAGGAAGAUCAGCUGCGUCACAUAUAGCAUAAGUAAGUUUUCGGAGAUGAUUUCGCCCAUCAAAGCGGUGGCGUUGUCGAGGGAGAGGGAGAAAGACGCGGAGAAUAUCAAGCGGCUGUUGAAGGAAGGCGACUUGGUGAUAUGCCCGGAAGGGACUACUUGUAGGGAGCCCUUUUUGUUGAGGUUUAGCGCGCUGUUUGCGGAGCUCACGGACAGGAUCGUGCCCGUUGCGAUUAACACGAGGCAGAGCGUGUUUUACGGGACGACGGCAAGGGGGCAUAAGGUCUUGGAUCCCUACUUCGUGUUCAUGAAUCCGAGGCCUACGUACGAGAUCACUUUCUUGAACCAAUUGCCGGUUGAAUUGACUUGCAAAGGCGGGAAAUCCGCGAUUGACGUCGCGAAUUAUAUCCAGAGGGUGCUCGCGGGGUCCUUGGGGUUUGAGUGCACGAAUCUCACUAGGAAGGAUAAGUACGCUAUGAUGGCCGGGACUGACGGAACGGUCGCGGCAAAAAAAGAGAAGGAGAAGAAAGAGAGAGCCUGAAAAGAAUUUCGAGAAUGGGAAAUUUAAAAGUGUUUUCCCUUAAUUGUUUCUCAUUUAAUUUGCUUUUUUUUUUUUUUUCUCUCUCGAUAUAUUUGGAAACUUGAUGAGAUAGAAUAAUGUUUAUCGUGAUUAUAUGUAUUUAAUUUUUCUGUAAUAACAAAUGUCAUAUGAAUAUUUCCAUUUUUAUCUGUA